GGAUUGGAAAGCAGUCCGCAUUUAAUAAGCAACAAGAGCAGUUCUCGAAAGGAAUAUAUCAGUUAUAAAAGCAAAGGAUUUUGACAAAGACAUACACAAUGCCGCCACCACACCACGAAGAUCGUCUGUUUGGCAUUCACUUUGGCCUGAGCUUGGGUGGUCAUGGACAUCACCACCACCAUCACCACCCACCGCCGCCUCCACCGCCGGUGCACCACCACCACCACCACGGACCUCCGCCGCACCACCACGGUCCGCCGCACCACCACUAUCACCAUGGACCGCCACCGCCCCACUACGAUCAUCAUCACUACGAUCAUCACCAUCACGGCGGUCACUUUGAUCAUCAUCAUGGCCCGCCGCACGGACAUCAUCAUCAUCAUCACUGUUAGUCCAGUGUUGAAAAAGGUCUUUCAAAGUCCAAAUCUUCUAAGAAUGUCUAAGCUAUCGGAAAUAUUGUAAAAAUAUUUAUAAACGAAAUUAAUUUAUUACAUCUGUAAACAUGUAUAAACUUAUAAACAAACAACAAAAAUGAACAAAAAAAAAUUAA